AGAGUGAGGAGCGCGAGCCUCCGGACUUCCAACCGCUCAGCAUGCGAAGUGACUCUACGCGAACUGAAGUCGACAAACAGUGGAAAUAUUAGGCAUUUACGCUUUUAUCCUGCAUCAUCAUCACUACUCAUAAAGGUUAAGAACGCUGGAAUUAGCUGGAUUGCAUUGUUGGAAGAAAACUGGACUUUUGAGCGGGCCGGGAGCGAAGAGUGGAGUGCUUGGAGUCACUUACAAAGACUAUUAAGAAGUCAUGACAUGACGAAUGCUUCUCUUGGAUUUAUCUUCAUUAAACACGGGAGAAAAGUCGAUUACAAACAUUUUAACUUAAAUUAUUCGGACUGCUAGUUAAGUAUUGGGACAUUUAUUGAAAAUUUCUUCCCAUUUUCCACCAUUUUUAAGUCGCCCUACUUGGAUCAAAGUUUUUCCUUCCCUCCCCCCUCCUCCUCAACUAUGGCGGCGGCCAGGUUCACCACUGGCUCCGUGUUUCUGCGGAUCAUGUGGCUGCUGUGCGGGCUUUCUUUUUUCUCACCCGCUUCUGCCCAGCAUUACAACAGUGAGAGUGGAAUAUCCGUCCCAGAACACGGCUUUUGCCAGCCCAUCUCCAUCCCGCUCUGCACCGACAUCGCCUACAACCAGACCAUCAUGCCGAACCUUUUGGGCCACACGAACCAGGAGGACGCCGGUCUUGAGGUGCACCAGUUCUACCCGCUCGUAAAGGUCCAGUGCUCUGCAGAUCUGAAGUUCUUCCUCUGCUCCAUGUAUGCUCCGGUGUGUACGGUGCUAGAGCAGGCCAUCCCCCCGUGUCGGUCCCUGUGUGAGCGGGCACGGCAGGGAUGUGAAGCGCUAAUGAAUAAAUUCGGCUUCCAGUGGCCGGAACGGCUCCGCUGCGAGGCUUUCCCCGUCCACGGAGCUGGGGAUAUCUGCGUCGGCCAGAACACAUCCGAACCGGGAACCCCGUCCUCCUCGUCUUCUCCCUACGCACCCGAGCCCAUAACCCUCCCCCCGUUCAUGGGAAGACCGAACCAGCGCCCGUCACAAUCAAACCAGUACCACCAGUUCUCCUGCCCGCUGCAGCUGGAGGUGCCCCCCUACUUGGGCUACAGAUUCAUGGGGGUCAAAGACUGCGGAGCCCCCUGCGAGCCCACCAGACAAAGCGGGAUCAUGUACUUCCGAGAGGAUGAGGUGAAGUUCGGCCGGCUUUGGGUCGGGAUCUGGUCUAUCUUGUGUUGUGUGAGCACCUUAUUCACGGUGCUUACCUACCUAGUGGACAUGAGGCGGUUCCGAUACCCCGAGCGGCCCAUUAUCUUUCUCUCUGGCUGUUAUUUUAUGGUGGCCGUAGCCUACGCCGCAGGGUUUUUCCUAGAAGACCAGGUAGUUUGCGUGGAUAAAUUCAAGUCGGAAGGCUACAGGACAGUGGCUCAGGGGACCAAAAAGGAGGGCUGCACCAUCCUCUUCAUGGUGUUGUACUUCUUCGGCAUGGCCAGCUCCAUCUGGUGGGUGAUUUUGUCCCUGACCUGGUUCCUUUCUGCCGGGAUGAAAUGGGGCCACGAAGCGAUUGAAGCCAACUCCCAGUAUUUCCACCUAGCUGCGUGGGCUGUCCCGGCCAUCAAAACCAUCACCAUCCUCGCCGUGGGCCAGGUGGACGGGGAUAUCCUCACAGGGGUGUGUUUUGUGGGGAUCUUCAACGUGGACGCCCUCCGCGGUUUCGUUCUGGCCCCCCUUUUCGUCUACCUGUUCAUCGGCACGUCCUUCCUCCUGGCCGGUUUCGUGUCUCUGUUCCGGAUCCGCACCAUCAUGAAGCACGACGGCACCAAGACGGAGAAGUUGGAGAAGCUCAUGGUGCGGAUCGGCGUCUUUAGCGUCCUCUACACCGUACCGGCCACCAUAGUGAUCGCCUGUUACUUCUACGAGCAGGCCUUCAGGGAGCACUGGGAGCGGACCUGGCACAUGGAGACCUGCAAGCACUUCGCCGUGCCCUGCCCGGUACGCGACUUCGCCUCCAUGACCCCGGACUUCACUGUGUUCAUGAUCAAAUACCUGAUGACCAUGAUAGUCGGGAUCACCUCCGGUUUCUGGGUCUGGUCCGGGAAGACGCUUCAGUCGUGGCGGCGGUUCUACAAGCGGCUCAGUAACGGCAGCCACGGAGAGACGACGGUGUGAAGUUUGGAGCAACUGUUACCUGAGAAUGAGGUCGAAUAGCUUUCAUUUUAACACAAUUAUGGAUGUAUUUUUGAUCACAUUUUUCUGUUACGAGGUUGUGGCAGCAGUCCAAGCUUCUGGACACAACCAAACUUUUAUAUGUGCCACAAAAGGUGGUUGAAAUUUCAAUAUACUACUACUUUUUUCUGCCCACAGUCUUUGCUUUUGCAUAUCUUUUUUUAAUUUUUGGAUUUAAACCUAAAUGAUCAUAAUGGUUACUGGACUGUAAUGCCAGACUUGUUAUGAAACUCCCUGCAUAUUAUCAAUUAUAUCCAUGUAUUACUAUUUGAAUGUACUUCCUACCAGCUCUUUUGAGAGUUUGUCACAGAAAAGACUGCAGACUGCAGCAGAAAAGGUCAAAGGUUACAUCCCUCCAACAGCCACACCUCCUCUGACUGUGAAUUCAACACUUGGGGCGUUUUAAGUUACUCUGCUUUUAGGUAAAGACUGAAAAGCUUUAACACACGUUAGAUUUUGCAGAGUACAAUCUGUUUUUUGUCCACCAGCUUUGCCAUUAUGUGCCAAGUGGCUGUACACAAAUCAAACCUUUUUCUUCAAAAAAAAAAAAGCUGAAAUAUUUUCUCCUGUAUUGAAUGUUCACUCCGGAGGUGAAUGAAGUUUUUAUGUAUUUGGUUUGCACAUCUAUCCUAAGUGUUAAACAAUAUGACUGUUACACUACAGAUUGACCUGGAUCUAACAUUUAGAGAGACCACACACACAUACACCUCCACUCUCUGUAAUUAAGACACACCAACUCAUUGUUUGUCUCUGUGUGUGGUCUCCUAUCAAAAGGACUUUUUUUUUUUUUUAAUCCUUUAAGACACCCAAAGCAGCAUUUCAAACCAUCUAGGUUUAAUCCAAAUGGCUGCUCUGGGUUUUUAAUGUUAUUUCAUCCUGGAUUAAGAUGACUGUAGACACUCACGCCUGUAUUCUUGUAAUUUAACUUGAAGUGUUUCAAGGGUUCUCUUUUCCAAGCAGACUGAAUAUUUUGGAGCUUUUGUUGAAGAGUUAUUUUAGUAUCUUUGCUGCCUUGCAAAAGUCUUCAAAACACAGCGAAACAGAGUUUUUUUGUUUGUUUGUUUGUUUUUUCUGCAUCGGGAAGGGAAGGUAGCGGAGGGUCAAAAGGACAAAGCCAGUUGGGAGUUCAGCAGUGUUGAAUCUAAGGGCAGUUAAAACAGGUCAACUUUUAUAUUUUUAAGUAACAUGCACUCUUGUCAUACAGUAGUAGGGAAACUAAAUGCUGUUACUAUUGAAAUUAAGUAUUUUAAGGACUGACGAUGUUUGUGGUAUUGAAAUUUAAAACACUUUUAAGUGAAUAAAUAAAUGGUCAGUGGCGCCGGCAGGACUUAAAUCACACCACACAGGUUAGGAUUAGGUCCGCAUCAUAAUCAGAAGGAUCGUAACUGCUCACAGCAAUUUGCUUUUUUAUUUUUGUGUGCUCGUUUCUAAGGUACUUAUUUGCUUGCGAACACACAAAACAAGCAAAAUCCAACGUUGUAAAAUGAGCAGUUUAGCAUCAGCACUGAGACAUUAAUACCAAUUAUUGGUCUUCUGAUGCAUCACCUCAGCGAGGAUGCAGCUAAAACUGCAGACUCUGCAGUGGUUCAGAUUGUGUCUUCAAGAUAGUGAAAGGAUUACAGCUGCUGGCACCUCUGUAACUGGUGACAAGAGUAAUAAAGUUAUCAGUGACUUGCUCUGUGCAUUGGUCGAAUGAGAAAAUGACCUCUCAGACUAAGUAAUGAAAUCAGUUGGAGCCAUUGUGGGGAAGCAGAAAAACAUGUUUUCACCCUGAGGCAGCUGUGAGGCAGCAGACCAGUCAGUGCCUGAAGCUUUUGUUUCUAGCCAUGCAGAAUAUUUUGUCUGCAUAGGUAACACACAUAAGUAAAGAACGGGACCGCCCCAGCGAUGAGCACGACUCGCACUACAGAACUGGUAUUGGUACUGUGUCCUGAAUCCUUGUGUAAUGAUAAUAAUACUAAAACUACAUGCUUUGUACCAGCCUUCAUAUUAUACGUUUAAAGCAGUGUGUAUAUAGGAAAUGCCAAUGUUCCCAUGUGAAUUUACUACAUACCUCAAAGCCUGGGUACAAUUUGUUUGUAGGUCUGAGUUAGGAAAUGUUUCAGUUCACUCAUCACCUGACAAGGCUGAGCAGGUCUGUGUUACCAGGCAGACCGCACUGUUUGUGUUUCAGAAGGAAUACAAGUGUUUUUAUCACAACAUAUGCAAAGUACCAAGUAAACACAGACUGACUUUUUUUAAAAGCAUAAUGUAUUUAUGGCGGGUACUCAUUUUUUGUCUUUUAUACUUUUUUUUUUUUUUUAAUGAGAUAUGCCUGAUGUACGUGUACAGUUUGAAUAAAAAUU